AUGAAUGUUUCUUCUGUUCGCGUGUCUCGAAAUAUCGGCACUCUGAGCGGUUUAACUCUAGUGUUAAAUUUAGAGCUAGAAGAAUAUAUUUACAAAACUCAAUCUGUUGGAGCCAGGAUCGUUAUUCAUUCUUCAGACGAAUUUCCCGAUACAGAAGGUGAAGGAAUUAACAUUCUACCUGGAGUUGAAACCUCCAUUGCUAUUAAUAAGAAAACAACAAAGAGACUUCCUUUCCCGUAUAAAGAUAGAUGCAGAGAUUAUAAGAAAGAAACUACUCAGAGUGCAGCAAUUUUAAAUGGAAAGGAUUGCGUGAUUCAGUGCCUGCAAGAUAUAAGUAUGCAGAGAUGUAACUGCACCGAUCCGACUCUCAUAUUCACAAAGAGUAGGAAGAAAUGUAAUUUGGAAAAUGAAAUAGAAGUUUGUUGUCUCGAUGAAGUAUUUGAAGAAGCAUUUUCAAACAUCUCCAAGAUGUGUGAUUGUCCAAUUUCCUGUUCGUGA